GUCCAAGCCUUCCUGGGCGUGGUGGGUCAGACAGACGGUUUUUUUUUUGCACACUAGUGUUCAGUUUGGCGGUGUGGCAGGACGCUUUCUGCAGUGAGGGCUGUUGAAGAAGAAGUUGUUACUGGGUCACGUCGAGACAAGCAACCAUGACUACAACAAAUGUGUUUCAGGGACUUGAUAGUAGUGGCAAACCGAGUUCAAGGGUACUAAGACCUCCGGGUGGAGGUUCAAGCAAUCUCUUUGGUGGUUAUGAAGAAGACACUUCUGCCUCCAGACGACCAAACAAAAUGUCCUCCUCUAUUUUCUCUCCUCAAGAAUCCACGGGGGCCCAUGAGAGUCCCAAACGGUCCAAUCCCCCAGGUGGAAAGAGCAGUGGAAUAUUUGGGGAGCCAGGGGCUCCUUCGACUCAGAGCAAGCCAGUUCCUCCUGGUGGAGCAGCCAGUAACAUCUUUGGGGGAGCAGAGUCGACCCCACCUUCUGUGAAGAGUCAACAUCCCAACAAACCAAAGGACAAUUUAAGUGUGGGUGUACCUGCUACUCCAGAUCCACCAGCCCCAGUGCCUAAGAUGACUGUAGUUGAGGAAGUGAAGGCGGAGCCAGUGCCCCCUCAACCAACACCUGAAAAAGAGCCAGCGGCCCCUGCACCCGCAGCCAAUCAGAAGUCUGAGGCAGCCACACAGCAACCAACAGAAAAGGACCAUGAGCCACGCCUCGGACCCCGCCCUCGCUCUCACAACAAAGUGCUCAACCCACCGGGAGGAAAGUCCAGUGUGGUUUUCUAUUAGCCAUAGCCAUCACUGUCACUUCCUUCCUUCCAUCUGCUUUUAACCCUUUUUUUUUGUACUAAAACUUAUCCUUUCUCAUUAUUUUGUUGUUUUUCCUGCAAGAAAAA